GUCUUCGUGAACGUGUGUUGUGCAAGCACAAAGACGGAUUUAUUAUACCUCAAGCAGGCAGCGACCUCUGCUUCUGACAUGUGUUCUCAGUCGCCGUCACAGGAUUUUGUUCGACGUAGUCACGCGUUUGAUAGAAUGAUGAAUGUCACAUGUACCCAACUAACUAGUGUGUGGUUGCCAGUACGAGAAUGAGAAGGAAGAGAGGAAAGAGAUUCAAGAAUACAGAGUGUUCGAGUCUUCAGUAAAAAUGACAAGCCGACAAUUUAUUAUAGACAAUAAAUUCUUCACCUAAGUACUUUUUUUUGUGCGGUCGUUGACAUUGUAUUGUUCUCAUGGUCUUCCUAUGUUAUGAAUCUGUUUCUCUUCCGCUUUUGUGUCGCAGGGAAAAGACGGUCAGGAGACCGGGUGUGGAAAGUCGUGUCUUUGGUAUUGACAAGGCAAUUGAAACUUUUGGUCUCACGCAAAUUUUUCAUUAUGGUAUAGUUAGAGACAUUCUCGUAUGAACAAGGACGCGAAUUUAUCUUCGAGAAAUAUGAGAUCAUGAUAUCGAAUAUCUGACGGUUAUGCGAUACCGUUAUGAAAAAUAUCAUUCCUACCUGGUGUAGUUCUUUUUCUUUCGUCUGUUCUACAAGAGAGAAACACAUAAGAAAUAAGUAUCUUCCAAGUUUUUAGUUCUUUCAAGAUAUGACGGUGAAGAGAUCAGGGGUGAUUCUCUACAUUUCUUUUUCGUGAUUUGCCUCGCCGAACCGGUUUUGAUCGUCGGGCAAGACAAGACGGCGCACCUGCUUCCUAGAAGUAGAACUACAUCUCAAACAAGGCUCGAACGGAAUUCGGAGAACUGUGCUCACUAUAGUGUUUUGUUUUUCAGCCUAUUGAAGUGGCCAGAAAAAGAUGUGCGGAAUUUUUGCUUAUUUGGGAAGCAACCCAGAGGUGUUGAAGCUUCUCAUUGAAGCGUUGCAGAGGCUUGAAUAUCGCGGUUAUGACUCGGCCGGCAUCGCCAUUCAUGACGGCAACGAAAAGCUUUUGGUCGAAAAAAGCGCGGGAAAGGUGAGCAAUCUCCGCGACCUCUGCAAGAGCCAGGGCGAGCGACUGUCCGGCAGCGUCGGAAUCGCGCACACGCGAUGGGCAACGCACGGACGACCGACGGACCGGAACUCGCACCCGCAUUUGUCGCAAAAUCGUAGCGUGGCCGUGGUCCACAACGGCAUCAUCGAGAACUAUGCGGAGUUGAAGAAGGAGAUGCAGGACAAAGGUUACGUUUUCUCCUCCGAGACCGACACUGAAGUGCUUGCCGUCUUGGUGGAUGACAUGCGUAAGGAACUCGAUGACGAGAAAGACCUACCGACAGUAGUAAGUGCAGCCUUGGAUCUCUGCGUAGGCACGUUUGGCGCGGUUUUCCUGUUCGGAGAUCAGCCAGACCUGCUGAUCGGGGCGCGUCGGGGUAGUCCGCUCAUCCUGGGUCUAGGGCAGGAAGACGGGGGACCAGCAUACUUUCUGGCGUCCGAUGCUUGCGCCAUCGUGCAGCACACGCGAGGUAAAAUUCAAAUUUUGCACUCCUUGGUCCUAGUGAAGACUGCUAAUGAUUUACUAUGACACCCUGAACCUAGUCUGUUUUUGUGUGAGUAGAAAAAAUGAAAAUUCUUGGCGUCUCGGUAGACUCGAGAAUGAGCAAGAUAGAUGUAACGAAUGAUUUGUCCUGUCCUGCAACUACACCAGAUGUUAUAUACGUGAACGACGGCGAAACGGUAGAACUUUCAAGGAAAGGCUAUAAGAUUCACGAUACUGUCAGACUCGCGAAGAGAGCACGACAGUUGAAGGGUGCGACAACAUCGACAGACGGCGGCGUCGAAAAUCCGAUUGUCCGUCUUGAGAUGCGAAUAGACGAAAUCGAAAAGGGAGGGUACUUUCGUCGACAUGCGUUUUUUACCACUUGUCCAACCUAAGAGGACUGUAACUUGAUAAUCACUUCUUGUGCUUUAGGUGGAAAACUACCAGGAGUAGGGGGCGCAAAAAUUACUUGUUAGUACCAUGACUAUCAAGCACCAAAUUAUGUUCUUUUUGUGCUGAAGUGAAAAUGUUCUUUAAGGACAAGGUGCUAAGCCCCACCGUCCCUUGCGUGCACUUCACCCAGGUAUGAUCACUUCAUGUUGAAGGAGAUUUACGACCAGUCGAACAGUUUGCAGAAUUGUUUGCGUGGACGGUUAAUUCAGGUAGAUGCGGAAAAAUCGACGAUAAGCUGCGGAUCGAGUGAAGAGCUUGCGCUUGCGUCAGGCCGCACGCGGACGACGCACCCAUCGUCGCCAAAGAGGCUAGCAAGUGACUACACAAUGACGAUUGGCGGUCUAGAACACCAGCUCGAAAAUGGGGAUACAGUCGGACAGCGCAUGCUGAAAGCCGGUCGGGUGGUCAUGUGCGCCUGUGGCACCUCAUGGCACUCAGCACUCAUCGGCGAGUAUCUUAUGGAAGCGUGUUUCGUUAGUCCGGAUCAUUCGAAGAUAGCAUAAGUGUUUAGAAUUUGUGCACUGUGAUGUAGAUUAGAUGAAACAGGAAGUUAGGGGUUACUUAUGUUUGGAAGAUAUAUUCUUGCUCUAAUGUUUUAUUCGAGCAGAUGGCGCGCAUUCCUGUGGAAGUGGAGUAUGCGAGUGAGUUUCGGUAUCGAAAACCGCUGAUCCGCGAAAGUGACGUGAUUAUCGGCAUCUCGCAAUCUGGAGAGACCGCCGAUACGCUUGAGGCAAUCAGGUUAGCCGCAGCCCAUGGUGCCACGACUUUUGGCAUUGUUAACGUCGUAGGUUCCACUAUCGCGCGUGAGACGAUCGCCGGUAUGUAUAUCCACGCCGGACCCGAGGUGGGCGUGGCCUCAACGAAAGCGUUUACAGGCCAAGUGCUCUCACUUUUUUUGGUCGCAAUGUAUCUUGCAAAACUAGGCGGGACAAUGAGCGAAGACGAGUUUCAGACACUAUCGAAAGAGUGCCUUGCUCUGCCAGAAACAGUGGAAAAGCUGCUCACAAAACAGAAGGAUCUCUGCUUCCGGCUCUCGAAGGAAGUACUAUUUCUUAUUCCAUUGGUAGUACGUUUUGCACAAAAUAUAUGGCGGUCGCAACUAUUACAUUUCAACUAGUACAAAAAUAUUUCGGGGAAACUAGAACUUAACCCAAGAACUCAGUCGUGUUUCAAGUGCCGGGAUAGCCAUGGCCAAUGGGAGCCUGCUGCAGUGGACCUGAAUGAAGGUACAACUUGAUAUUGAUGAAGUGGCUCAUUUGAUUUGAUGUAAAUAAGUAUGUUGAUUUCUAGUUAAGGAGGAGGAGAGGAAAUCCGGAUUCUGCUGCUGCUAGGUGCGUGGCUUGGCCCCAAGCCACGCGACUUCGAACCGACUGCUGCCUCUGCUCCUCUCCUCCUCCAUAAAUCACUCAAUAAAUCACCUAGUCAACUACUCAGUUUCAUCCUACUCAAAUCAUAAUCUCUAAAACAAAUAUAAUACCAGGUCCACCGCUGCUGCUCCAUCGAUUCGCAAUUCCACUUGGGUGCUUCACGCCCCAACCUUAAGCCCCUGAGUACUGGCUUCCCCGAAAUUUUUUUGUACUAGUUGAAAUGUAAUAGUUGCGACCGCCAUAAAAUACUAUUAGUGAUGCAUGUAGCAUUUCUAGUAAAGUCGGCGCUAUUUUUGUACUCGAGCAUGUAGAUGAAGAUUGAGGUUUCAGAAUUAGUGCAUGAAGAUGAGAAUUACGAUUUUCCUUCUUCUGGCUCCUGGGCUGUCGUGGUAGAUUUCCUUCCCAUGAUCAAUUUAAAUCCCGUCUUUUCCGCAGGUCCGCCUUGCAAAUAAUUUUCUGUUUCUCGGUCGGGGUUUGAAUUUUCCAGUUGCGCUAGAGGGUGCUUUGAAGCUGAAGGAGAUUAGUUACAUUCACGCAGAGGGCUAUCCGGCAGCCGAGAUGAAGCACGGACCCAUCGCCCUGAUCGAUCAAUUCAUGCCUGUUGUCGUCAUCGCGCCAAGGAACGACCCGACGUAUUGAAUUUGUUCUUGUUGAGGAAAGCACCCUAUAUGAGCUAGAUACGGAUGCUUGUUGUCCUUAGAGUAUCUCAUAAUUGUCGUCAUGAGUUGAGUGAAACUUCUCUGGGCGUGUCUUCGUUCGUGAUACACCGACCUUUUCUUUCUCUUCAAGAAGAUAUAUAGUAUCAUCAAUGAUUGAUGAAUUCAACUACUACAGGUACAUCAAAGUAAAAGCAAAUAUUGAGGAGGUGCAUGCACGGUCCGGAUCCUUGAUUAUUAUCACCGAUGAGGGGAACCACGAACUAGAUUCCUACUCGGAAUACGUGAUCUACAUUCCGACAGUUGAUCAGUACUUGCAGUCGAUCUUGAACGUGAUUCCGCUCCAGCUUAUGAGCUACUACGUCGCGAAAUUUCGAGGCUGCGAAAUCGAUCAACCUCGCAACCUCGCAAAAAGCGUCACGGUCGAGUAA